AUGAGUACCACUACUAAGCUGAGCGAAGACCAGGAUGGGAAAUCAGUUGAUCACACAUUGUAUCGCAGUAUGAUAGACAGCUUGCUCUAUCUCACCGCCAGCAGACCUGAUAUAUCUUAUAGUGUGGGAGUGUGCGCUCGCUUUCAAGCUAACCCUAAAGAAUCACACAUGGAAGCUGUCAAAAGAAUCAUCAGAUACAUCUCAGGUACAAUUGAAUGUGGCAUUUUCUAUACCUUUGACACUAACAUAGAAAUUGCAGGAUAUUCUGAAGCUGAUUGGGGAGGAAACUUAAAGGAUAGAAAAAGUACUUCAGGGGGAUGUUUCUUCAUAGGCAACAAUCUGGUUGCCUGGCAUAGCAAGAAACAAAAUUGCAUUUCUCUUUCUACUGCAGAAGCUGAGUAUGUUGCAGCUAGGAGUUGUUGCACGCAAAUGCUUUGGAUGAAGCAAAUGCUUCAUGACUAUGGUAUCCCUCAAGGUAAGUUGUCUAUCUUUUGUGACAACACUAGUGCCAUCAACAUCACUAAGAAUCCUGUUCAAAAUUCUCGAACAAAGCACAUUGAUCUUCGAUAUCAUUUUAUUAGGGAUUUAGUUGAACAAAACAUAUUUGAAUUAAGCUUUGUUCCCACUGAAAAUCAACUUGCUGAUUUGUUCACUAAGCCCCUUGACACUGCUAGGUUUGAGAUGUUGAGAAAUGCACUUGGGAUAUGUUCUAAGCACUAA